CAGUAGAUAUUAAGGUCUUAAGCCACAGAUAAAUAGCUUCACAAGUGAAAGCGACUAUAUGAUUCUUGGGAGAGAUGUUGUAAAUCCGCUUACAUUUCCCGAGCCAUUGAUAGAAGGCCUUAGACAGACGGAGGGAGGGACACUGCACAUUCAACUUGGGUGAUACUUAUCAGAUUGUGAACAAUCGACAGUGAACCUCUAAUGCGGUCGCUGAUAUUGUGUUUCAGACUUCAAAGUGUAUUACAUUUUACCGCCAUAGUCCUUAAAACAAAAAAUCGUCCCAACUGUUUGUGAUUAACUUAAGAGGAUUACAGGAACUCCAAAAAUUUUGCGGGAAAAAAGAAAACGAAAAAUAAUAUAUAUAAUAUUCAGCAGACGAGAAGAUUUUUGUAAAAAUAAACUCUUCCGAGUUUUGUGGAAGAGUUUUCGAGUAGAUGGACUCUUUAACUGAUCAUAUAAGUCUAGAGGAAUUCGUAGCCAGUGUUUCUACUUCAGAGUCUAGUAAUAUGACAAUGCAUCAUUUGGAUACAAUGGCAAAUAACGGUACCGAAUCUGCAUCGAUAGGAAUGAGUACCCCUCACGGAGGGGCUGCGCUUGGGAGCCUCUCCCCCAGUUCUACAGACACCUCCCUCGAUAAAACAACAGAGGAUCUGACGAAAAACAAAAUGGACGACAGUGCUUCAGACGACGAUAAAAAGAAGAAAAGACAGCGGCGACAGAGAACUCAUUUUACAAGUCAGCAACUUCAAGAACUGGAAGCAACAUUUGCCCGCAACAGAUAUCCCGAUAUGGCGACAAGAGAGGAAAUUGCUGCUUGGACUAACCUCACAGAAGCCCGAGUUCGGGUAUGGUUCAAGAACAGACGGGCCAAGUGGAGGAAAAGAGAGCGCAAUAUAGAUACGUACAAAACAGGCUUUGGAUCCCAGUUCACUGGUCUGAUGCAAACCCCCUUCGACGACUCACUGUACAACGGCUAUACGAACAACUACUGGGCAGCGAAAGUCCCCAGCCCCCUCGGAACGAAAACAUUUCCCUGGGGACUCAAUUCCGUCAACCCACAUCUCUCAUCAGUGGUAUCUACACAGCCAAUGUGUUUCUCAAACCCAGCAAAUAGUAUAAGCAAUUCGAUGGUAGGAAACAUGCCAAGCGUCCCAACCAAUAUGUCCAACACUGGGGCACCUUGCCCCUACGCCCCUCCUGCCCCACCGUACAUCUACAGCCCCAACCGAGACCAGUGUUCAAGUAGUAUUGCUUCUCUAAGACUGAAAGCUAAGCAACAUUCUACGUCAUUUGGAUACCCCCCAGUCAAUCACCGACAACCCACGCUGUCAGCGUGUCAGUAUGCAACGGUCGGGAAUAGCGGAGGCGUGUGAGAACUUUAGAGAUAUUUUUUGUAGUGGUAGAAGAACCCCCAAAAUGGCCGAGAGGACUACGUGAUAUUCGCGUAAUCAUUUGAAAACGAGACCGGAAGUGCUGGAUGAAGGAUCUGUUAAAAACAUAAAUUAAGUGUGAGCCGUUAUAUCUAAAGCGGGAGAAUGAACAACUCGAACAUUUUUUUUAAAAAUGAAAUGCCAAAAGCACUCUUGCCAAUACGAUGCGGUGUUCACAUCAUAAUAACACUACUUAAAAUAUCUUCAGGAAUACGUUUGACCAGUAGGACUCGAGGCAUUCCGAACGACAGGGUACAAGAAAUGACAUCACUUGAAUGUUUGAAACUCUGAUUUUGAAGACUUGUUAAGAUGGUGCUAAAACACAAUUUGGCAUUGAUCCUGGGUAUAUAUUGUGGUAAUUGAAGUGCAUAUACUUGGCUGUAGUAAUAUGUUAAUGUUUUGUAUAUUUUUAUAAAGAUAUGAUGUUGAGAGUAUUAUAAUCAAAAUUAUUCUAUAUAAUUUGAUGAAAAUAAUUCGAUAAGUACUGGUUAUAUAGUCAUAUAGAUAGUGCUAUGUUUGAUGAAUAUUUUGAUUAUUUGAAAAAAAAAUACUUGUUUCAACCAAGUUGUUUAUGAAUGGAAUAUAGAAAAAAAUCAAACAACUGUUCGAUUUAUAAGUCAAAGUUGCAAAUUAUCAGGAAUUUUAUGAUUAAAAUUUUGGAAAAUACAAAAAAGUUGUUUGUCUUUGUGCAGUAGUUUGGAGGUUUUCAUUA